UAAUCAAUCCUUCAACUAUACCUACACAAUCUGCUGGGCCUAGUUCAACUGUCAUGUCUUUGAACACGCCCUCGAGUACACGAAACCUUAUGGGUCAUUGCACUUCGUCCGCAUAUGUGCUUAAUAAUCAUUCUGGUCAACAAGGAAUUUAUUUUAUAUUUCAGGACCUCUCUGUUAGAACUGAAGGCACUUUUACCCUAAAAUUCUCAUUUUGUAACGUUAAAGAAUUAAUGGUUCAUAGAUCUCUCAAUGGAUUCACAAGUACUCGUGGAAAUGUUGCAGCUGAAGUGUACAGCGCACCUUUUAAAGUUUAUUCUGCAAAGAAAUUCCCGGGUAUGACAGAAAAGAAUCAACGAAUAAGUGUGCAAACCGAGCGUCUAUCAAUUAUUAAUAUUAUUAUGAUUGGUGGAAGCGAGCUUAUCUCCAAGUUAACCUAUGAUCGAAUCUCAAUUGCAGCCGUUCGUCGUAGUUUAAUAGGAACAGGUCAUAUAGUUGACAUAUAG